AACAGUGUUCUUCACCCGGUUAUGUGUUGGGACAUAAUCAGCUUCACAUCUGACAGGAGCGAAGCAGCGGCUGUUUACUCUUCCGCUCCGGUGAUCUCAGGGAGCCGAACACGGUCGGUUCCUCGGUGAAGUGGCCUCCAGCUGCUCGUGAAAGGAACAGCUUUGUCGGCUAGCUCACAUUAGCCAGCCCGUUACCAGUAGAUUUACGGAGGCUUAUGUCCGGCGGCUGCCCUGCCAGGUAGAUCAACCAAAGCCUGAGGGUCAGCCACCAUGGUUCAGCCACUCCACCAGAGAACGAGUGUUGACGUUUGAGAGGAAUUCAUUUAGAUUAUUUUGGGUGAACAAACGCGACCUUUAGUCUGCGUGUGCGCAGCCAGGCUGGUUUGGCCUGUUUUCAUUGUCUGCGAACACCGAGAACACACAAGUUGUUGUUGUUGUUGUUGUUUGGCCGGUUAGUGGUUCACUUAAAGCCCCGUUGGUGUAAACAACCCCAGUCAGCUGUUCACCCCUCCACCUUCCUGAGAGAACAGCAGGUCCAGGAUGGCGCAACACAGCUCCACUCAUGUGGCCAGCUCGCAGAAAGCACUCAUGUUGGAGAUGAAGAGUCUCCAGGAGGAGCCCGUCGAGGGCUUCAAAAUCACACUGGUGGACGAGGCGGAUCUCUACAUCUGGGAAGUGGCCAUUUUCGGACCCCCAAACACUCACUAUGAAGGGGGCUACUUCAAGUCUCGGGUCAAGUUCCCUAUUGACUACCCGUACUCCCCACCCGCCUUCAGAUUCCUCACCAAGAUGUGGCACCCCAACAUCUAUGAGAAUGGAGAUGUGUGUAUUUCCAUAUUGCACCCUCCAGUGGACGACCCGCAGAGUGGAGAGCUGCCUUCAGAGAGAUGGAAUCCAACCCAGAAUGUCCGGACCAUUUUACUGAGUGUGAUCUCGCUGCUGAAUGAACCCAACACCUUCUCCCCUGCUAACGUGGACGCUUCCGUCAUGUACCGUAAAUGGAGGGAGAGCAAGGGCAAGGACCGUGAAUACGUAGAAAUCAUCAGGAAACAGGUUUUGGCCACUAAAGCAGAAGCAGAGCGCGACGGCGUGAAAGUCCCAACCACACUCGCAGAGUACUGCAUCCGCACCCGCGUCCCGGCCCCUGAUGAAGGCUCCGACCUCUUCUAUGACUAUUACUAUGACGACGACGAUGUGGAGGACGGGGACGGGGACUGCUGCUACGAUGAGGACGACUCCGGCAACGAGGAGUCAUGACAAGCUGUAUGACAGCAACGCAGUCUAGCUGACAUAGGCUACCCCCUUUUUUUCUGCCCGGGUUGCCAGAUAUUCGAGGCCUACAACCAAGAAAGAUUUGAAGCUUCCCACUUCUCAACUAAUGAAAUGAGCUGUUUUUACCUCAACCUCUCAGGAGGAUUGAAUCGAUGCGUCGUUGUGGAAGGGUCAGACCCGGUUAAGAUUUCCACCAGCACAAUAGUCACCAAUUUCUCCAGUUUCGCAAUUUUCAUCACCACCUCAAACCUUAUUUUGAGAGAAUAACUUCAACUGUCGCUUUAUUGAGUUGUCCAGUCCACUGUACAGUUUAAGGUGUUGCUGGAUCCACAUCAGAAACAUUUACUCUGGUGCAAACACUUCCAAACAUUUCUCAGCCUCUCUCCUCCAUAUCUUUAUUUCCUUAAUUGUAAUUGAAUAGCUCUGCCCACUAGUUGGUCUCUAUGACUGACGAAUGAAGAGGACUUACAGGAGCCUGACUGUGUUGAGCAGUUUACUGCAAACACAUUGAAUCAGACAUUUCCGAGUUUCACAGUCUCCUCUCGCUGCGACAGGACAGGACAGGAUAUGAUUUGACACGGUUCCUGUGCAUGCCUGAACACUUUUGGAAGUGUUGUGUGUCUUUGACUGAAAGACGAUUCCCCUCCAUCGUGAUCUGAUCUCAGCUUGCUGAUGACAAGCACUUGUAAUAAUGGAGGACGGUGCCGGUGUCUCAAAAUCCUCAUGAACGUUUUUUUUUUUUGCUAACGUUGAUCUUUGCCGUGUUUCUUCUGGUCACCGUUGGAUGUGUUUCUCUGUCCUUUUGAGUGGGGGUUCUGUCUUUUGAUGUAGCUUCAGAUGUAAGAGUUGUGUAGGAUGACCAUGUUUUUCAGGGUAGGGGGUGUUGGUGGUGGUGCUGGCCAGAUAUAAUUAAUGAUCCGAGCUGUAUUUCUCCUCAGGUUUGUGGCCUUAAAGAGCUAACAACCCGAAACAAGUGUAAACAAAAGCCCAAAAUAUUUCAUGACUGUUUGUUGUAUUCUUGUCUUCUUUUUGUUCUCUUGCAAGCGUUGUUAUUUUACUCUCUUUCGUUGGGUAGACACUAUGCCUGCAGUCGCUGCUUGAGAAUGUUUCUUUUUUGUGAUCAGAUUUUUUGCUUUAAUUGGCAAAAAAAAAGCUUCUGUAGAAAAAAGUGUCUUUCAUAAGGUGUUGUUGCAGUGUCAGUCAAGAUUAUCACAGUUUUUUUAGCCCUGGACAUGAAGAGGAAGGACAUCAUGAUUUAUUUUCAUUUCAGGUCGUUGUGUUGGCGCGAGAGUGGACAGGUUCUGGCAUAAUAUGUUUAAAGUGUAUGGGUGUCCUCCGUGGAUUUUUGCAUAUUGAUCUUGAUUGUUUUCUUAAAUCUGGACUUCAUACUGAAUUUCUCAGGAUAAUGAAUUACAUUAUGACGAAUUCAAUUCACUUCAAACAGCAGAUAUUUUUCCUUUUUUAGGUUUUCUUCAUGAUUUACAGCUUCAACCAGAGCCAUAACUGAUAUGCACAUGUAGCUGUAUAAGUGAUUGUCAUGUUGUUUUACUCACUCGCGUUUAUUUUGUAUUUUCUGUUAUUAAAAUCUGAAAAAUAAAAAUGUAUUGGAAAGA